UGUUGGUUUGUUAAUGUGUAAGUAGGACCUGGCACGGGUUGGUUUUUUUCCCGCCCCUUCCGAGUUUGUGGCAGCUAUGGUAAACGAGUGUUUGGCAGUCAUCUUUUCGGGACAGCAGACUUCAGCCGGGAGAUGGUGUCGCCUUUAAAAAUGAACAUGGGCUCCAAAAAGUCUUCACGAGCUAUGAACGUGCUCGCUGUCAUCAUGAACGUGACGGUCGUGGUCGUCAUCGCUGUGCUCUUGUGGUAUUUCAUUGCCUUCGAUCCAAGCGCUAAAAAGGAUACCGCAGACGAGAACGUUCAGCUGGUGAACACGGCCGAGCUGGAGCUGAAGGCCAACGGCGUCUUCCUGCUGCGGAACCUUGAGGGCAACGUCGUUCUGUCGGGGAGCCUGGGCGUGCCGCGGGGCGCCGCCUGGGACCAGGUCCUCCCCACGGCCUGCAGCGCGGCACCUGGUGCCGGCAAAGUUGCCUGCUGGGAGUGGAUCGGCCCGCAGACUAAGGUGAAACUAGGAAUAAGUGUGAACCACUCGACCACAUCAAACAUCUCCUGCCACGAGUUCCACUGGGAGACGACCAGCGAGGACUUUGAGCCCUUUGACUGCUUCAGCAUGGCCAACGCACACUGGUAUGGUGCUGCGGAGAUGUACUCGCAGAGGUGGCCCAUCAACUCGUGGAACAAGACCAUGUCCUUCUACCUGUCUGGCGACAUGUUCGAAGACGAGCAGCAGUACGGUUCUCUGCUCGAGCGCUACUGGCUCUCCUCGGCGGGCGCGGCGCUAUGGGGGGACGCCGCCAGCCCACUCCACGCCAGCAUCAACGGCGACGGCGACGGCCGCAUCUGCCUCAAGGGCUCCUACCGCAACGCCCCCUACCCAUACCCCGCGGCGGGCGCGGGGACCGUGCCGCCGGCCAGCCUGCGCUACGCUACGUGCUCGGGGCCGGACAUCGUGAGCACGCAUGCCCACAUGGUCUCCGAGCGGCUGGGGAGGCCCACGGACGUGCCAGACGAGCGGAUGAUCCGGCGUCCUGUCUGGUCGACGUGGGCGCGCUACAAGGUGGGCAUCAACCAGAGCAGCGUGCUCGGCUACGCGCGCGAGAUCCUCGCCAACAACUUCAGCAACAGCCAGCUGGAGAUCGAUGACGGCUACGAGACGCACUACGGAGACUUCACCUUCGACCCCGACAAAUUCCCGGACGCAGCGGGGAUGGUGCGUGAGCUCAAGGCGAUGGGCUUCCGCGUCACCACAUGGGUCACGCCCUUCAUCAACACGGACUCGCCCAGUUUUAAAGAAGGGGCAGACAGAGGCUACUUCAUCAAGGCCGAAAAAAACCACGUGCCGGGCCUGAUCAGGUGGUGGAACGGAAUAGGUGCGACCGUCGACAUGACCAACCCGCUGGCGCGCUCCUGGUACGUCGCCAAGCUGGAGCACGUCCGCACCACCUACGGCAUCGACUCCUUCAAGUUCGACGCGGGCGAGAUCAACUACCUCCCUCCGCGCUUCGUGACGCUCGCGCCAAUGGUGAACCCCGGCAUUUACACCAAGCUGUACGCCGAGACGGCGGCACGCUUCGGAGGCCAGGUCGAGCUGCGUGCCGGAUGGCAAGGCCAGCACCUGCCCGUCUUCUACCGCAUGAUGGACAAGGACUCCAACUGGGGCUACAGCAAGGGGCUGCUCACGCUUGUGCCCACGGCCCUCACCUUCAGCGUGCUCGGCUAUCCGUUCAUCCUGCCGGACAUGAUCGGCGGCAACGCCUACGAGGGCGGCUUCCACGGCACCGACUUCCGGCCCGAAGAGGAACUGUACAUCCGCUGGCUCGAAGUCACCGCCUUCAUGCCGGUCAUGCAGUUCUCCAUCUCUCCUUGGCAGUACGCCGGCAACUCCACGCACGACGUGGUGGGAAUCUCGCGCCAUUACGCCGCGCUGCACGAGACCAUCGUGUCGGACCACAUCGUGCACUUCGCGCACGAGGCCGUGCGCACGGGAUCGCCGGUCAUCCGGCCCAUCUGGUGGCUGGAGCCACGCGGCCACGAGGCGCUCACCAGCGACGACGAGUUUCUGAUCGGAGACCGCGUGCUGGUGGCUCCCGUCGUGCGCAAGGGCGCCUUGAAGCGCAACGUCUACGUGCCGGGGCCGGGGCUGAUGUGGCGCGACGAGAUGACCGGCGAGCGCGUGGCCGGCGGCGGCUGGUUGCUCGACUAUCCCGUCCCCAUCGACAAGAUCCCUUGGUUUACCAGGGUGUAGUCUCACAGUGGUAGAGAGGGUAAAGCCUAUUCUUAUUUUUUCAUCACGUAAAUCGCACGAGAGCAUGCCUCUUUUUUGUGUGCUUGGUAUGUAACAGUUUGCCCACCCUCGUUAUUUGAUAAUUUAUCACGAUUUGGGGUCGUCAUUUCACUCUAUUUUAAAACUGUGGUGAAUAAUAAUGACUUGAACUCAUGAGGCACUUUUUACAAAUGUAGCACCAGUAAAGGCUGCAGAGGUCACAUAUAAACCAAUGACAACAUAUCUGAAUCAAACCUAUUUGGUGUUCAUCGAUGAGUGAGUGCAUCGCUACAUGCCUACUAAAUAGCAGCGGUGUAAUGAUGCAAGAAUGAUUCUUCAGCUUACCAUGCAUUCAUCGCAUCGUGCGUGAGAAUCAAAUAUUUUGCAUUUCAGCAUGUUAUAUAAUAAGCUCGCGUGAUCUCUGCAGCCACUAGAGAUGCUAUAAUGCACUACGCUGUUAGAAAAUGUUUCUUGAAUCACCAGGGGGACAAAUGUGGUAUUCAUGUCCAGUGUAUGUACAUUGUAAAACUACUUUUUUUAUUCAUCAACCAAGCACAACAAAUGCCUGCAACCUACAUGCACAUCUCUAAACUGGAUGGAUGCUGAAAACAUCCAAUCCAAAAUUUAUCCAAUCCAAGAAUCGUAAAAACUUAAAUCAACUUACUUUUGGGUUUGACGGUAUAUUGGUUUUUGUCAAGUGCCAAGUUUUGUCAAAUAAAUGAGUACCAAACUAAAAAUGUGAUUAUUUCUGCAAUGUGUUUUAAUGCAUGGACUGAAAUGUCUACAUGAUAUGAUGACAGCAAUUAGCUUUGGAUGUUGCAAACACCUCAGUUGCCUCUACCAUAAACAAACCAGAUUGAGCUACGUACCUCUAUUGAUGUAUGGAUGACAGUUUUAUCAUCAACACACCACCUAUUCCAUGACAUUUGUGUACUUUACCUGUUUAAUGCCAUUUGGGCGGUGCAGUCCUAGCACUUGUGCCCUAAAGCAACAAGGGCCAUGGUUCAAUUUCUGACUUGGGCACCUUUCUGUGCCGAGUUUGUAUGUUCUCCCACUGUUCUGUAUCGGUUUAUUUUGAGUUCUCCGGUUUCCUCUCAUAGCAAAAUGUUUUUUGAAUGUAACUGAUAGUGGCCAAACAAUCAAAUGCUGAAAAACAAAUGUAUCUGCAAAUUACGCAAUUGGGAUGAGACGUAGCAACAUCGAAUACUUGGCAGGACCCUCCUGAAAAAGUCUUGAGACUCAGGGAGAAUUUUAUGAAUAAACAAGCAAACUAAUGAUAAUUUGUCAUCUAAAUUGUAUGGGUUUACAUACAUGAUUCAAUGAACAUAUCGAUUUUUGUUAAUAUACAUAUUAGUGAACAUAGU